CAAAACACUCCCCUGCUCGAUCGCCCAGGCGCAUGCGAAGCUGCAGGCAAUCACUCAUCAGCGUACCUGGGUUUAAUGAGAGGGAACAGCAUAAAGACCAGCGGACAUGAGGAACCUUUGCUGGAACGUAGUUUCACUCUCGCAGUAAGCGUCACGUCUCUGGCUUCCCUCCCUUGUACUUGCUCGCUUUCUCUGUUUCCUUCCUUGUUCGGCAGUUUUUUCCCCGUCUUCCGUGAUCAAGUUGUACAUCUCGACUUCCAUCUGGAUUCCUGACUGCCUUCCCCGAUCCUCGACCCCUGCUUGGACACGGACAUCAUUGCUUCUCUCCUGCCCCCGACCGCUCGCCUUCUCACAGACUGCCUUUUUGCCUGACCCCCUUGGUUCCACAAAAGAUACAGACAACAAAGCCUGUAUAAAACAGCGGGGCGUCUCUUUGUUGGACGCCGCUCCACGCGCCAUCUUUAAUAUCAACACCGACGCCAGAAGCGCCUUGUUUGGCCUCCCGCAUCUGUCAUGAUGAUGACAUCUGCACUGCCUCAGGAGGACAAGAAAGACAGGAGACAGACAAUGAGUGAUGAAACGGCCACUAAAGACUUCCUCUUUAAGUUCUUGGUGAUUGGCAGCGCCGGGACGGGGAAAUCCUGCCUCCUCCAUCAAUUCAUUGAGAACAAAUUCAAACAGGACUCCAACCACACCAUCGGAGUAGAGUUUGGUUCCAGAGUGGUGAAUGUCUCUGGGAAGACGGUCAAGCUGCAGAUCUGGGACACUGCUGGGCAGGAACGGUUCCGUUCUGUGACACGCAGCUACUAUCGUGGAGCAGCAGGAGCGCUUCUGGUCUAUGAUAUAACCAGCCGAGAGACGUACAACGCGCUGACCAACUGGCUGACGGACGCACGCACGCUGGCGAGCCCCAACAUCGUUAUCAUCCUGUGUGGCAACAAGAAGGACCUGGAGGCAGAGCGAGAGGUCACAUUCCUGGAGGCCUCGCGCUUUGCUCAGGAGAACGAGUUGAUGUUCUUGGAGACCAGCGCUCUGACGGGGGAGAAUGUGGAGGAGGGUUUCCUCAAGUGCGCGCGCACCAUCCUCAACAAGAUAGACUCGGGUGAGCUGGAUCCAGAGAGGAUGGGCUCAGGCAUCCAGUACGGGGACGCGUCACUGCGGCAGCUGCGGCAGCCCAGAGGCAGCACGACACAGAACAAGCAGCAGUGCAGCUGCUAGGAACGUGGCCCCCACUCCCUUAAAGACCUCCCGUGCAGGUCAGUGUUACAGCUCCAGUUGUUUUGGGGUGUCCGCACCUCACAGCACCUGGAUGAGUGGAAAUCACUGACCUUUGACCCUCCGAUAAGACUUGUUUAUGCGUGCCGACACACGCGGGGAUUGUGCGGUCCUUACCAGAUCGUAGUGGACGCGUCUCGGCGCUGUGUAUUCAUGUUUUUCAUUUAAUACAUGCGCGCCUCCUUAUGGUUUUAUAACAUUUGCACUGCUUUUUGUCCCUAAAUUAUUAUUGCCUUUUUCGUCUUUUCAGCAUUUAAAUAUUCACUGUGGCUUUCCAGUGUCCAAAUGCUAAAACAGCAAAUGUUUGGAGGAGGUUUAAGAAGGUGUUUCAUAGUUAAUUCCCACCUCGCCAUCCUAAAUGCACUUUUAGCGGGACUGCUGGCCUUAAUAAAAUGCACAUUGGUGGAUGUACGUCCUUCCCGGGCCCUUUGGCCUCUCUGUUGAUUGCACAGCUCUAACUCACUGGACAUAUGCAAAAGUAUCACUUUUUGUGUUGGACUAAUGAUCCACCAUGCUGAUACGCAGAGGAGGCUGCCAAGUUUGCAUGAAUUAAGAAGAGAAGUUAAUGUUUUUUCCCAGUAAAAUGUCAGCAUUCACGCACAUACACUUUACCAACCGAAGUAUCAGGACACCGUUUCAUUGUUGGACAAGACUUAUGCUUUUUACGUAGAAGCAAGAGUGUCGGAAAGACCCUAUUUAUGGCCUUUCCAGUAAGCCAGGGGUGUCCAAACUUUUUCCACUGAGGAAAUAAUCAAAGCAAGCGGGGGCCAUUUAUUUUAAAAACCAAUACAAUAUAUGUAUAAAAAAUAUACAUUUAGGCCUCCACUCAGGCUUGAUCCCGGGGACCCCAAAUGUGUCAUUAUUCAGUAUUAUUUGUAUUAUUAUUCAAGUUCUAAAUCUCUAGAUCAACAUUAAGUCUAUCUGUCAAUAUGACGUUUUUAAAGAUUUAAGUUGUAUGCUCUUUUUGUCAAAGAAAACCCAUGUUUUUUUAUUGAAAAAAACACAAAAUAUGCAAUAUUUUCACCCAACAAAAUUUUUAAGUAGAAUGUUUGAGAUUAUAUAAUAAUUGGAGCCGGAAAAAGGUCAACAACUCCUAACACCAUUGAUUUUAAUUCACUAUUAUUUUUUGUGCAAUGACCCUUAAAAACAUAACACACUGAUCCAAAACGGUCCUACUCAGUGUUAAAAAAUAAAUUGUAAUUUUUUUUUUUUUACUGCUUACUUUAAACACACUGGGCUCGAUGUUCAACUUCAGAUCUAUCCGUCAAUUAGAAGUUUUUUUUUUCGUUUGUUGUUUUUUUGUUCGUUUUAGGCCAUUCUUUAAAAAAAAAACAGUUCAGUUUUUAUAUGGCAAACACAAAAUAUCCAAAAUUUUGCCCCCAAAAAUAUCUCAAAGUGGAAUAUUUAAUGUGACGUAAUUGGAGCCUUGAAUUGGUCAAUAAUUCAUAAUUGAUUUUGAUUCACUAUUUUUUUUUUUAAAGAAAGAAACAGCCUGCAUGGCAGCUUUGUGUUAUUAGAGUAAACAUUGCAACAUGUUCUUGUUAUAGUUCACCUGUUUGCUCUUUUAUACCACUUUUUAUUUUUUUCCAUAGUAUUUUUGAAAUGUUCUGUGGGGCCGUUAAAAUAUGACCUGUGGGCCGCAAAUGGCCCCUGGGCCGCACUUUGGACACCCCUACAGUAAGCGAAGCAAAGGCCAUAAAAAUAUGCUUUGUUGAGUUUGGUGUGGAAGAAAAAGCCCAUCAAACAUCUGUGGGAUGAUCAGUAAAAAUGCCCACAGACACCCAAAAUGCUAUACUUUGACAUAUAUUCUUUAAGAAAAGCCUGAGCGGAUAUUUGGUUUAAAUUGUCUUCAAAACGUUUUUAAAUGGGAUAAAAACAUUUAUGGAUUUUUUUUUUUUGGCUCAACCUGCAGUCAUAAAAAAAAUCUAACAUUUAAUUUAGACCCUUUUGAUUGGGUAAUGUCAUAGUUUUAAAUGAGGUUAUGUAAGUGCAUAUUUAUUGUCCACUGGGACAUCAUUUGAUCAAAAAGCCUUUAAAAGGUUUAGUGGUAUAUAAAAUGUAAAAGAAAAUGUUUAGGGCUGAGGUUUAUUGAAAGAUUUAAGCAAAGAAAAUAAAAAUAAAAAAUCUCAAAUGUUUUAUGCACCUGGAAAAAUGAAAAACUUGAUGUCCUCUUUUGGAGUAUUGUCUAGAAACUCCCAGUUUAUUGUACACCUGUGGAAAAAUUAGACAAUAAAAUUUCUAAAUUUAACAUGAAAAAACCCUUUUAGAAAAAUAUAUAUAAUGGAUUAUUAACACAGCAAAAAAUAUAUUAAGCCAAUCCAAUAUUGAUAUGGGUCCAAUAUUCGCAAAAAAAGUAUCAGAUGAUAUCGGCUUGCAUCUAAACUCUCCCAUGCAGCGUGUUCACUUGUGCAAAGCUGAACAGCCAGUUAGCAUCAAAAUGUCUUUCAAUAAGCACACAAGUUAGAUAUUUUAGUGAAGUAAUUUACUAAAGGUAAACAUGGCCAGCUACUAGGAGCUAGCAGCUACACCACAGCUUAGCGCACACAUGCUUGACGUAUGCAAAAAGGCUAUUUAAUUGAACAAUAUUGCAAUAUUUGUCAAUAGAAAAAAAUCCAUCAAAUUCACACAUAGAAAGUCUCUCAGGCAGAAGACGCGUAUGCCAAAGUAUCCUGGAAUGUGUCCGCAUUAUUAUUCCACUAACUGAGACUACAUGAGCUCAAUUUUAAGGAAUGAUUGUGACCACCAGCUGUUACAAAAACACAAGUCAACGCUCCUUCAAAGGUGUAAAUGUGUCUUAAGAUUAGUGUGUUCAUACCUAAUAUUGUUUUCCGAGUAACUUCACUUAUUCAAACCUUUUUUUUAACAUUACACGCAACAUAAUAUUCCAGGUACCGUAUUUUUCGGACUAUAAGUCACAGUCUUCUCCACAAACCCCCUCCCCAAAAAAAAAAACUGUUUUAAUUUUUUUUUUUUUUAUAGUUUGGCCAAGUCUCCCCCCCGGCCAAACUAUAAUAAAAAAACGCGACUUAUAGUCCGAAAAAUACGGUAUGCUAAUAUCGAAGUUUAAGAAAAUGGAAGUUUAUAUUAUUUUUGGUGAGAAAAAGGCUGAUUUGGUGACAAAAGUGUGACAUUUUGCUAUUAAACAGCAAAGGCUGUGGUAGACCACAAAAUAUUUUAUUUUUCCAUUGACAUACCAUUUUUGGUCACCAAAUGAGGUGUUAUGGUUUGCUUCAAAAAGCUAUAUUAUGUCUUGGCUGUACACAUUUUGCCAUUAAAACAGUCGGUCACAUUACGGUUAUGUUAGACCACAAAUGAAUAAUGUUGAAGGUUGAAAGAGUGUAAGUUGUUUUAGUUUCCACAUCGCUUUUACUUCUUGUAGGUGUCCUAAUACUUCUGUUCGUAUGUACAGUAUAGUUCAGUGUGUGAUCAAACCACGUUUAAUGUCGUCACGCAGCUUCAUCCUGCUUUAUUCACUCAAAUGUUUCUUCCCUCCCCAACCUAAGUGAAGUGAGAGAACUUGAAGUGAGACAAUUUCCACUCCUGAAGCUUUUUAUGUUCGUAUCUUUUUAAACCCUUUUGUGUCCGCAACACUGACAUUUUUGCUCUGCUAAUAGUCCCACAUGAAACACACACACGCUUAUCAGUCAGCGAGAAAGCGACAAACAGGUUAUCUUAGAGCUAAAUACAACAGGCUACGUUCUUUGUGUUUGUGUACAAAAGAGUAUCAGAGCCACACUUUUACAAAAAAGUUGUUUCGAAAAAAAGAAUAUUCACAGAAAUGUUCAAUAUGAUAAAAAGGUCAGGUUAGAUGCUGGAUGUCAGUACAGUAUUGUGUACUUCUAUUGCAAUUACUUUAUCUCAAACGUAUACUUUUUUUGUUCAACUUUAUUGACAUAGUUUAACUUUGUUUUUUAAAUUGGAACUUUUUCAUGCCAGCUUUUUUGUCUAGCAAAUAAAAUCUGUCAUGUUUAGAAUUGAUUCUCCUUGACAAAUUAUAGAUUCAUAUUUUGACUUUUUUUUUCUCCAAAUGACAAGUAGUUUCUCAUAAUUUAACUUAAGUUUUGUGAAAUUACAACUAUAACUCAUAUUUAGACUUAAAGAUAUUUUUCUCAAAUCAUUUCAUCUUUAUUAUUGUAACGUGUCGCUUUUGUCAUAUAAUGGCUUAAAAUUACAACCGUUUUCCUUAUGUGGAGUCACGCUUUAAAAAACCUUGUUUUAUUCAUUUGCUGUUAUUUUCUUCAAAUUAUAACCUUUUUUCUUUCGAUUUGAAAAUCUUCAAAUGUGUACUUUCGCUCAUUUUUAGACUUCAUUUUGUACAAUUUAAAAAACAUUCAUAUUACACAUUUUUGGUCGGAUCUUUAUUUCUUCAUAAUACUUUACGUAAUAGUAACAAAAUAUUCCAUUGCGACUUUUUUCCUACAUACAACUUUCUGUCAUAUUAGACCCUAAAUCUUGAUAGUCUUUUUUUGUUUUAUAAAAACUCUUUGAACAUUGUUAUAUAACUCUCAAAUGUAUUAUGACCUAAUUGUCAAAAUAUGGAAGUUUUUCUCAUAACUACAAAUUUAUAUUUUUUCCUCAUAACUCUUAAUUGCCAAUUUCAAGCUUUAUUAUUGUCAGUGUGGCUCUAAUAAUACUCCUUUGCACCUUCUGCAAGUGCACUUUUAUUUUUAGGAAGUUGUGUUAAUAUGCUGUAACUGUAUAGAACUGUACAUUUGAUUUUACUUGAACUGUAAUAAAAGAUUUUACCUGUACCAAUUCUUACUAAAGAACAACUGAGGGCUUUUGCUGCUGACAACUACUCAUAUCCUAAAGAAUCAAGCAUUAAAGGCCUACUGAAAUGAGAUGUUAUUAUUUAAACGGGGAUAGCAGGUCCAUUCUAUGUGUCAUACUUGAUCAUUUCGCGAUAUUGCCAUAUUUUUGCUGAAAGGAUUUAGUAGAGAACAUAGACGAUAAAUUCGCAACUUUUGGUCGCUAAUAAAAAAGCCUUGCCUGUACCGGAAGUAGCAGACGAUGUGCACGUGACGUCACGAGUUGUAGGGCUCCUCACAUCCUCACAUUGUUUAUAAUCAUAGCCACCAGCAGCAAGUGCAAUUCUGACCGAGAAAGCGACGAGUUCCCCAUUAAUUUGAGCGAGGAUGAAAGAUUUGUGGAUGAGGAAAGUUAGAGUGAAGCACUAAAAAAAAAAAAAAGUGACGGCAGUGUGAUAGAUUCAGAUGUUAUUAGACACAUUUACUAGGAUAAUUCUGGAAAAUCCCAUAUCUGCUUAUUGUAUUAAUAGUGUUUUAGUGAGAUUGUAAAGUCAUACCUGAAAGUCUGAGGGCUGCGAACGCCAGUGUCUCUGAGAGGAGCCAAGAUCACAGCUGCCUUUUUGACAGCUACAGGAUGAGGUCGCAUAAUACACUCAAGUGUCCGGUAAAAGCAGACUUAAUAUUACAAUUUUCCCAUCCAAAAACUUGCUGGUUGACGUAGAGAAACAUGUCCGCUUGACCGCUCUGUGUUAAAGCUUCACAGCAAACAAAGAAACACCGGCUGCGUUUCGGUGCUAAAGGCAGCUGCAAUCCACCGCUUUCCACCAACAGCAUUCUUCUUUAUAGUCUCCAUUAUUAAUUGAACAAACUGCAAAAGAUUCAGCAACACAAAUGUCCAAAUUACUUGCGAUGAAAAGAGACGACUGUUAGCCGUAAAUGGUGCUGGGCUAAUAUGUCCGCUACAACCCGAGACGUCACUAACAUCAUUCCGCGACGUUUUCAACAGGAAACUCCGCGGACAAUUUUAAAUUGCAAUUUAAUAAACUAAAGCGGCCGUAUUGGCAUGUGUUGCAAUGUUAAUAUUUCAUCAUUGAUAUAUAAACUAUCAGACUGCGUGGUCGCUAGUAGUGGCUUUCAGUAGGCCUUUAAGGGCGCCCCCGUUGUCUGUAUAUUGAGUUUGGGUUUGAGUUUCCACCCACUCAUAGUAAACCAGGUUUUAUGUCAUAUCAACAAUUCAGUUGUUGCUUAGUAACAAGUGUCACAUACUGUUAAAUGACUGUACAUGUGAAUUCAUGUGUGUUGUAAAUAAGAGUUGUCCUUAAGGGUGAUUGUUGUUUGUAACAAUUAUGCAAACUCUUGUCAAA